AGCCCUGUCAUAUCCAAAUCACUACGCGAGGUGACGCGCAAGCGGUCGACGCGCAGAACUCUUCGUGCCGUUUCUUUUCUUUGGAACGUAUAAAAGUCGCGAGCCGCUUGUGGGAAAUAUAUUCGGACGUCGGGAAUAUGAGCAGUUGUCGGUUGGAGUAGCGAGAGAGAACACAAGUCGGUUGUUUUCAGGCGCAGGAGCCGAAGAGGCGAGUUUUUUUCUAUACGUCUUUCCUGCCUCGGCUGCAACAUUUACUCUUAAUUUGUGUGUGUGUGUGUGAGUGAGAGUCGUUUCUCGAGGGGAUUCCGAGUCUUCCGGACGCGUCUGGACUUGUUCGUGUCCGUGUCCACACACACACACAAAGCGAAGAAACCCCGGGGAUAAAGCCACCGACCCCGCCGCCCCCUCUCUCCGGGUCGCUCCGGAGUCACCAUGCUGCCGAGCACGGCGCUCUACGCGGCGAAGAAGCGAAAGAAGCCCGUCCAGAAAAUACCCAAACCUCCACCCCCUGAUGGCGCCAAGUCCAACCCGUCCAAACGCCACCGCGACCGGCUCAACGGCGAGCUGGACAAACUCACCAGCCUGCUGCCCUUCACCGAAGAGGUCCGGGCUCGGCUGGACAAGCUGUCCGUCCUCCGCCUCAGCGUUGGGUACCUGAAGGUCAAGAGCUUCUUCAACGCCACCAUGAAGAAAGGCCAGAACGGCUCCAGCUGGACGAGUGAGGGGAGCCUGAUGUUCGGCGGCAACGUCCAGAACACGCUGACUCCGUCCGCCACGACCACCUCAACCUCGCCCUUGUCCUCGAUCUUCACCUCCCAGGUGACCUCCAUCGACGGAGUCGGCUUCUCCGAGGGAGAACUGCUGCUCCAGGCACUCAACGGCUUCGUGUUGGCGGUGACGGCCGAGGGGUACAUCUUCUACACGUCCCCCACCAUCCAGGACUUCCUCGGCUUCCAUCAGUCGGACGUCGUCCAUCAGAGUGUGUUUGAGUUAAUCCACACGGACGACCGAGCCCUGUUCAGACGACAGCUCCACUUCGCCCUCAAGCCCAAUCUCUGCAAGUCCAACGGCACUGCGGACAGUCCCAGUGAUCAGAACUCUGCGGAGAUCAGCAGCAGCAUGAUUACCUACGACCCCCAGGCCAUCCCUCCGGAAAACUCCUCUUUCCUGGAGAGAAACUUCUGCUGCCGAUUCCGCUGCCUGCUCGACAACUCCUCCGGCUUCCUGGCUCUGAACUUCAGAGGCCGCCUGAAGUUCCUCCACGGUCAUAACAAGGUGUCGGACAACGGGACGCUGGUCCCGCCGCAGCUCGCUCUGUUCUCCAUCGCCACGCCGCUGCAGCCGCCGUCCAUCCUGGAGAUCCGCACCAAGACGCUCAUUUUCCAGACCAAACACAAGCUUGACUUUACGCCCAUGGGCACCGACACCAGAGGGAGGGUGGUUCUGGGCUACAGCGACACCGAGCUCUGCACCAGGGGCUCUGGCUACCACUUCAUCCACGCUGCAGACAUGAUGUACUGCGCCGACAACCACUUGAGAAUGAUAAAAACUGGCGAAAGCGGCUUCACCGUCUUCAGGCUCCUGAGAAAAACUGGGAUGUGGCUCUGGGUCCAAGCCAACGCCAGGCUGAUCUUCAAAGGAGGGAAACCCGACUUCAUCAUAGCGCGACAGAGAGCGCUGACAAAUGAAGAAGGAGAGGAACAGCUACAUCUCCGGCGCCUGCAGCUGCCGUUCAACUUCACCACUGGAGAGGCGUUGCUGUACGACACAACCCCGACCGUCGACAUCCCCGACGCGUGCUCCACGCCGAAGCAGAGGAAGAUGGACGACGUCUCCGUCAGCCCCAACUCCCUCCUGGGCUGCAUGCUGCGCCAAGACCAGUCCGUCUACUGUGAACACAACACCAACACGAUCAACUCCCUCAACGACGCCGCCUUCGAGGACACCCACGCCAUGGUCAACGUGCCAGGGGACGUGUGGCAGAACCCCUCGCCCAAACCCGUGGGGAAUCUGAUCAAAUCAGAGGCCAUGGUGCAGGACAUGAUGGAGACCCUGCAGCAGAUCCUCGGGGAUGGUAACGUCGUUGACUCCCUGGACAUCGAGCCCGAUGAGCUCAAGAGCUGGGAGACGACGCUGCUAAGGAUGAGCACCAACACCUCAGACGUGAGCGAAGACCUGAACGACAUUCUCAGCAACGACAUACUGUCUUUCGUGGAGGAGCAGCUCCAAAAGGAGGGUGGGCUCAAACUGCCAGAUCAGCUGGACGACGUGCCGGCCCCGCUCUCCACUUUGGACCUCCAGAGCCAGGGCCUCGACCAAGCCGCGGAACAGAGCUUCGGCUGGCCCCUGGAGCCCCAGAACCAGCUGAUACCAAACAUAGGCCAGAUGAUGAAUGGUCAACCGACGGCAGUCCUGGAAACGAUGAAACUGACCCACAUGGAUCUCCCUCAGUUGAGUUCCCCUGCUUUGAAUGGUCCCACGCUUCAGCAGAUCUCCAGUCAACUGCUCCCCGCCUCUGUCGGCCUUUGCAACAUUGACACACCGGUGACCUUCAACCCCUCCCUGACAGACUCUUGCCCUCAAACACAGAAUGACCCGAGGACCUUACCAGUCACUGCCAAGGAAAACAACCUUGGAGCGUUCAGGCCAACCAAUCAGCUUAACGCCAUCCAAAUGCAGAACCAGGUUCAGAUGAGGAUGCCCAGCCUGCCGAUCGGCCUCCAGGACCAGAGCGCAGAAAGGAAGUUAAAUCCCGUGUUCACCUUCCAGGGGAACCGGUGGAGCUCAUCUGUCCCCAACUCAAACCAAGUCAACAACUUUGUCCAAACGUACACCCAGAAUAUUUCAAACCAAUCCGGGUUUAUCGCAGAUCCCCCGUCGUCGAGCUACUUACAGGGCCACAUUCCACUUCAGACACAGAACAAUGAGAACCAGAGACAGUCUUGGCCACUGGAGCAGCAGCAGCAGGUAAUGUCUGGCUCCCGCCUCAACCAAAUGGCAGGACUUCAGAGGAAUCCUCCACCCGGAGCCGUUGCACCUCAAACCACUGUCAACGGCAGGCCAAUGUUCUGGACUCCAGAGACUCCCGCCAUACCAUUUCCUGCCCAGCAAGCCCUGGAGCCGCCGCCGCCUCUGGCGACCUCCAGCAGUUGUAUGUUCGGCAACGCCACGUCCUCUGUGCAUGUAAAUGGUUUGCAACUGAGCCAGGUGCCCUGCCGCAAGCAAAUGAACACAGCCGUCAGCAACCGGAUAAUCUCCAAGCCCUCCUGCUUCUAUCAGGGUCUUCCCGGAGGACGGUCGGUGCAGGGGAUGUCGGCGAUACCGAAUCCCGAUGAGGCGGUGCUGUCAUGCCAAACGACCGGCGGCCUCGACCUGAACGGCCUGCUGGUGCAACAACAGCAGUAUCUUAACUUUACUGAACAGACAGAGAUCAACAACCAUCCAGUCAUCGGGAACGAAGGCUUCCCCUUCCCCUCGCUGCCAGACGAGACCGCAUACUACUCGGAGAACAAAUAGGAACGAGCCGCCGCGGCGUCUGGAAGGCGGAGGGACCCCCGACUCUGAGAGCUUGGAAAACGCCAGUUUCAAAGGACACAGAAGACUCUCGUCUCUAAACAAGAAAUGGAACAGACUGAAGAACAGUAAAAAAGGAUGAGGAGUGAAAACAGGAUGCCCCUCCCUCUCUCUCUUUUUUUUUCCCAAUUUGGAAAAACUGUGAUGAAAGCUUUAAAAAUCCCAAGUUUGGCCAAGGACGGCUGGUUUGCGGUCGAGGAAGAGAAGUCUCAAGAAAUCAUCUUGUCACUUUGUUUAGUUUUUGUCAAAGCUGGACGUCAAAGAAGAAUGUAAUCCUUUUCUUGGACCUGAUUGGACUGUACCACAAGAAAAAAUGGAUAAUUUAAAUCAGUGAUUUGGUUUUUUCCUUCAAUCAUGAUCAAGUUUAAAAUAUUUUUUUUUUUAAAAAGAGAUCAAAAGCGCACCUGGCACCCCAGUUGGGGGUGGUGGAGGGAUGAGCCUGCUCGAGUGGUGGUUGGUGUUUCUCCUCUGGCCACAAGGGGGCAGCGACGAACCCAUGACACUCUGAAAGAUAAACUUGGACUAAAGCCACGAAAAUCUGAGAUAAAUUGUUAAUCUGACAUUUUGAUGAGAAAAGACUUGGAUGGUUGGUUUGGGGUCUCCGAGCCACGCUGUCUCGGGACACGGCGGAUGAGAACAUCCCAAAACGUUGCGUCUACCCGAGUGAAAGUAAAAAAAAAAAAAAAAGAAUGCUCAGACGACCUCCCGUCGACCCUCUGCCGUCUCCGAUGCGCCUCCUCCCUGGAAAUCUCCUGUUUUCUACCCUGAGCUGUCAGACGGAUGAAAUGUGUCUGCUUUUGUUUUUGUUUUGUUUUGUUGUUUUUGUCCUUUUGAAAUUGCGUCUUGAUUGAGUUCAUUUCAACACUUUUACUGUCCUACUAGGGGAGAUUUGCUUUGCAGACAGGGUAUAUAUAUAUAUAUAUACACACACACACACACACACACACACACACACACAUAUAUAUAUAUAUAAAAGAAAAAGAAACGCACAACAAAAUCACAGCAUCAUCCUACUAACAGAUCCUUUUUUUUAAAGAUAUAAACACGAGGAUUGAGUUAAAUAAAGCUGCUACUUAGUGCAUCAUUUACAGAUUUAAAAAACAAACAGGCAGAGCUUUUUCACAGAGUCAGUUUCUUCUUCUUUUCUUUCCUUUCCUUUAAUAUUUCUGUGUUGUUGUUUUCCUGUUACAGGGGGAAAACCGAUUGAGACCGUGCCUUACACCGACAGACCCGUUUGAAACUUUAAAGGGACAGUCUGUUGCCAUUUUUAAAAACAUCUCCAUCGCGAACACAAGCAGAAAAAAAGGAGUGUGGUGGGAAAUUCCUAUUCGAUAAAACGAACGGAACCGAAGUGUAAAACUCGCCCCUUGCCUUAACUUUCACCGAGCCAGUUUCUUAAAGAUGUAUUGCACUAUUCCCUUUAAGUUUUGCCAAAGCAUACUGAAGAGAAAGUAAUUCACACACCCUAUGUCUUAGAGCACAAUUUAAAGGAAUAGUAGCUCUCUAUUUUAACAAUAUUCUAUUUCACAAAAAACGUUCCUCCUGCCUAAACCAGGAUUCCUUUUUCAUAACUGAACCUGAAAAUGAAAGACCACGUUUUUAUCAAGAUACUUGAUUGUGAUAGUGGACUCAAACGAAAUAACGGAUUUCCGUUCUCUUCGUCUUUCUCUCUUUCUCUUUCUCUAUAUUGUGGUUUAUGUAUAUCGGCGUUCUGGCUCAGACCAGGAACAUCGCUGAAUGCGCGGCAGCGAAAAACGCAGAAGUAAAACAGUUACAGGCAGCUAUUGUAUAUUUUAAAGGAGGAAAAAAAUGGAAAAAAACACUUGGCAAGUCAGAAAAAACAACAACAAAAAAAAACCUUAAAGUGCCCUUUUAGAUGAGAUCUUUUUGAUCGUCUGUUGAUCUUUAAAAAAAAAUCACGACUCAGCACUUAGACUGAAAAGGAAAGUUGCUUCAUCCAGUACUGAGCCGUAAAAUCUGUUUUUUUUCUAAGCAAGCUUUGUGUCACUUUUUCUUUUUUCUUUUUAGCACUUAUGAACCUUUAUUAAAGAACACUUAUUUGCAAUGAAUCAUUCGCAGCAGAUUGCAGUGCUGCAUGGCGGUGACGAACGAACUUGAAUACUUGACUUAAAUACCAAAAAUAAGUCUUUAAAGCCAUUUUGUGACUCCUUAUUCUCAAGGAUACCAAAGGGACAAAUCAGAGCACAGCACAACGUCAUUCUGGGUAAUGUAGUGUAAAGCACUUGCUGCAUUGAAAGAAGAGGAGGUCGAUUGAGUUGCGGUGUUUUACAAUCGCUUUGGCUCAUUUUUGUGCUCAGCACCACAUUUUGACGUACAGGCUAGAUGCUGCGUUAUGCCAAACAACAAUGCAAAAUCUGCAUUGGUUAUUUUCUCGAGGAUUAUCGCUUAUUUAAAUGGCAUAAAGUGAGAAUUCCCUCUAAAAAACAUAAACCACGAUUAAUUUACACCUCUAGGACCGGAACUCAAUAUAUUUUCACAUUUUCAAUAAAAAAAUGGGGAGAAAUGUCCUGCGGCAGAGCGAGUAAUGAGCACGUGAUGAUUUGGAUGUUUUAUGUUUUGUAUUUGAAAGUAAGAAUACAGUCAGGUGAGAAUUGUGAUUGUGGAGAGACUGAGCCAAAGCAGCUAUAAAAUAGUGGAAAUUGUAAUAAAGCCACAGAAAAUCCCCCCAAAAUUUGGAGAUUGGCGAAAAGCCCUAUCAAAAAUAACUGAGCGUCUUUGCCGUAGAGAGUGAGGCCGAAUAUUUAAGACUCAAAGACUAAAUGAAGCGUUCAAUUUCCAAGGUGUGCGACUUUUCGUCACCUAAGCGUCCCCUCUCUUCUCUCGUUCUGUAGUACUUUCAGUACUUUCUUACAGUCAGAGCUUAUUCUCUCACAGAAAUAUUCUGCAUACAGAAAUAUAAAUAUAUUGUUGCUUGCUUCUAGAUUUUAAAUGAGACAAAAGCCAUUGUGCUUAUUACACAUUUUUUUUCAAAUUCAAGGCUCCAAAAUGCAGUAUCUUUGUGUACCUGUAUAUAAAUAUCUAUAUUUGUCUUCUUAAAAAUUGUUUUCCGUCAAAAAACAGUAUGUAUUGCCAUAUAAUGUGUAUUUUAAUAUCAUAUUGGCUUAACCCGACUCACAACUAUAAUUUUUUUUGUACAUUGUCUGCACAGCAUAUAAAUGUGUAACCCCUCUUUAUGAUGUAUUGGUUUUUUUUGGUAACUUUUCAACUUAUUAUAUCUCGUGGAUUUGCCUUCAAUAUUUUGCCUCUAACAAGUAUAUGAAUGUUUGAGUCAAUAUGUCCAUGCUCGCCAUAUUAAAGGUGAUCAGAUCACACACA